CAGGGACGGAAAAGGAAAGCCGAGGAGGCGAGGAGAGAGAGAGAGAGCGCGCGCGCGCGGGCAAGGCAGGCACGCACGCACAGCACACAGGCAGCAGCGCGCGCGGCUGGCUGGCUACGGCCAAACCCUACGCGCCCCCCCGCACCGCGCCCCUUCCCCCUCUUCCCUUCUUCUCUCUCCCACCACCGCCCUCCCUUGCCAUUUUUGGUGAGUGCCCCCUUUCCCUUCCCCAGAUCCCCGCCCCGUUUUCCACUUUUGCCUCCACCGCCGCCCCAAUUCGGAUAACAAACCCCUCCGCCUCGUCGCGUCUCUUCCCAGCCGCAGGAGCCGCCGCCAGCCGAUCCGGGGAAGAGGGAGAGGGAGGAGGAGCUGGGUUCCGGCCGCUCCCGGCUGCGAUUCGAUUGGAGCUGAGCUCUCGCCCAGGAUGGUGCGGGGCAAGACGCAGAUGAAGCGGAUAGAGAACGCGACCAGCCGCCAGGUCACCUUCUCCAAGCGCCGCAACGGCCUGCUCAAGAAGGCGUUCGAGCUCUCCGUCCUCUGCGACGCCGAGGUCGCGCUCGUCGUCUUCUCUCCGCGCGGCAAGCUCUUCGAAUUCGCCAGCGGCAGUGUGCAGAAAACAAUUGAACGUUAUAGAACAUACACAAAGGAUAAUGCCAGCAACAAGACAGUACAGCAGGAUAUUGAGCAAGUAAAAGCUGAUGCGGAAGGCCUGGCAAAGAAACUUGAAGCACUUGAUGCUUACAAAAGGAAACUUUUGGGUGAGAGGUUGGAAGAAUGCUCCAUUGAAGAACUGCACAGUUUGGAAGUCAAACUUGAAAAGAGCCUGCAUUGCAUCAGGGGGAGAAAGACUCUGCUGCUGGAGGAGCAGGUCAAUAAGCUGAAGGAGAAGGAGAUGAAUCUGCGCAAGAGCAACGAAGAUUUACGUGAAAAGUGCAAGAAGCAGCCGCCAAUGCUGAUGGCUCCUCCGCCGCCUCCAGUGCCGGCAGUCAUGACCGUAGAGGACGAUCACCCGGAGCCGAAGGACGACGGGGUGGACGUGGAGACGGAGCUGUACAUAGGUUUGCCCGGCAGAGACUACCGCUCAAACAAAGACAAGGCUGCAGUAGCGGUCAGCAGGUCAGGCUAGCCAGCAGUGCAUGCAGAGGCCCAACCAAUGCAAGCUAGCUGAGAAUAAUCUUAGAUCUCUGGUGCGGAGAACUGGAGAUGCAAGCAAAGCAAAGCAAAGCAAAGCCAAGCCUAAGCCGUGCAGUAUGUUAAGAAUCAGUCGCGUCGUGUGUUUACAAACCUGUGUAUCGUCGCAAAGGCACAUGCGCCAAAACAUCCGUCAGAGAACACUUACCCUUGUCCCCUGUAGCUGCUGAAUGUCGAAAUCUCCUGUGGAUGUGGAUCCAACCAAAUCUCAAGUAUAUUCUCCUGCUGAUGAA